AUGGCAAAUGUAAAUGGGGUCAUGACGAUACUCCCUCCUCCCGAGGGAUAUGUGGUCGACUUUGCCAACCCCCAAAGGAGGUUGAUGGCGGAAGCAUAUGCACUCUUCAUCGUUGAGAACAUUUUGGCAUUCAUUUUCCUCGCACAACGACUUUACACAAAGCUUCGUCUGAUGAAGCAAUUCCAGAUUGAUGAUGUGUUCGUUAUUCUUGCCUGGAUGUUGUCCGUUGCAACACAAGCCUUGUUGAUUCGAGGCUUCGCUUCAGGAGUCAUCGGCAUACAUGCUUGGGAAAUCUCAAUCAGCCAAUACGGCUAUUACUCAAGAUUGAUUCUGGCCGCCCCCCUGGUAUACGCCCCUUGCUGUGCCCUGACCAAAAUCACAUUGUGUAUUUUCUACAGUCGUUUGUCGCCACUGCGAGGCUACCAAAUCGCGGUUUGGACCACCGUAUUCAUAUGCGCUGGCGCAUACACAGGCAUCUUCUUCAGUCUGGUGUUUGCUUGCAAGCCGAUAGCGGCUAGCUGGGAUCCGCUGUUGUUUCCGAUAGGAGUCUGCAUCAACCGAGGAGCAAUCUAUAUCGCAACCGCUGUCAUUGGUGUUGUCACUGACGUGAUACUAAUCGCCAUCCCGAUCCCAACCAUCUGGCGCCUACAAAUGCCUAGAAAGCAAAAGAUUGGGCUGACCGUUAUCUUCGGCAUUGGAUCAAUAACUAUGGUCACUUCAAUCAUCCGCUUGGUUGUCCUGAUACCAGCACUGACAAAUCCUGAUCAAACAUGGGUCAUUGCUGUGGGAUGUGUAUGGAUCAUUGUCGAGGCAAACCUCUUCAUCGUCUGCUGUUCCCUACCCACCUUGCGACGAUUCUUCAGACACGUUGCACCGCACAUGAUCGGCGAGAGCUCUCGUGGAUCUUCAGGGAAAGGUUCGUCCGGCCAAAACCGCAUGUUACACUCAUGGAAGAGCUCCAAGAGCGGUCCGAAGCGCCAGUACGAUACCCUUAUGAACACUAUCGAUGGCGACAAGCGCGAUGACGAGAUCCCCCUUUCCGGAGUCAAGGCUCAACAGUCCACGCAAACGCGAGAAUCAAAGAUACAAGUCGGUUCACGCCCAUGCAAAGACAGUGACAGCGAAGAAGCCAUACUGUACGAGCGGACUGUCGAAGUCACUUACGAAGGCAUCCCAGUCCCCAAUCAACCCAAUCCUCGCGAUAACAAGGCUUGGACAGGUGGUCGCGCCCGAGUAUCAGAGGUUUGA